GUGUACAAGUAGAUACCUGCAUUAUGAUGCACCAGCAACCACAACCCCACUCCAUGGCUACAGACAAUGUCUAUAUUCCUUUCUUCCUUUCGGCCUUCAUAUGCAUUCAACUGAUAAAACCCAACAUCUGCGACGGAGCUCUAACCUCAGGCUGCAUCUCUCCCGAAAGAAGUGCUCUACUUGAGUUCAAACGAGGCCUGAAAGAUCCUACCAACAGGCUGUCCUCUUGGGUGGGUGAAGACUGCUGCAAAUGGGAGGGUGUGACUUGCAGCAAUCAUACUGGGCAUGUCGUCAAGCUGGAUCUCCACAAUCCGCAUCCUUUCUCUGAUUUUGGUGACGAGCCACACAACAACUGGAUCUUAGGAGGUGAGUUGAGGCCUUCUUUACUUGGUCUGAAGCACCUAAAGUACCUGGACCUAAGCAUGAACGAUUUUGGAGGCAUUAAUAUUCCAGAAUUCAUGGGGUCAUUCCAUCAGCUCCAAUAUCUCAACCUCUCCAGAGCUGGAUUGGGUGGAGUCCUGCCUCACCAGCUGGGAAAUCUCUCCAAUCUGCAGUAUCUAGACUUGUCCAAUGAUUUCGUUCCCAAUUCUUUUUCUGUGGUUAAGUUCAAUGAAUUUAGCAUCGGUGAUGCACUCUGGAUUUCUCACCUUUCUUCUCUAAAGCAUCUCAACCUGAACAGUGUCAACUUUCAAAAUGGUACUCACUGGAUGGAAGCUCUGAACAUGCUUCCUUCUAUCGUGGAGAUAUACUUAUCUGAAUGUGCAAUUGGACGUGUUCCCCUCUCUCUUCCACAUGUGAACUUUACAUCACUGUCUGUUCUUGAUUUGUCAGAAAAUUUCAUUAACUCUACGAUGCCCUCUUGGUUAUCCAACAUAAGUGGCCUUGAGCACCUUGAUCUCAAUGGGAAUUUCCUUCAGGGUAAUAUUCCACCGACCUUUGGUAACUUGGCUUCCCUCAAGGAACUUAAUUUAGCUUACAAUUCUCUUCAAGGAGGAAUACCCACUUCCUUCAAAAAUUUGUGCAAGCUACAGAAUUUAAUAUUGCCAGGCAUCAAUAUCAACCAACAUUUGUUAGAACUUGAUGAAAUUUUUUCUGGUUGCAUCAAGAUGAGCCUAGUGAUUCUGGACUUAUCCUACACGAAUAUUAGUGGGCAGCUGCCUGAAUGGUUAUUCCAACUCAGGAAGCUUAAAUCACUCCAGUUAUCGCAGAAUCUGAUUUCUGGUCCCAUUCCUGUAUCACUUGGACAACUAGCAUCACUCCAGGAGCUCUCUCUUGAACAAAAUCAGUUGAAUGAAACUAUACCAGAAAGUAUGGGGUGGCUAUCUCAGCUAGUUUCGUUGGAACUUGAGCUGAACUUUUUGGAGGGUGUCAUGUCUGAGGCACAUUUUGCAAACCUCACAAAAUUGAAACACUUAUAUUUGUGGUCCAACUCCUUGACUCUGAAGGUCAAGACUGAUUGGCUUCCUCCUUUCCAGCUUGAAUCCCUUCGGAUAGGCUCUUGCAAACUGGGUCCUGAGUUCCCUACAUGGCUCCAAUCGCAAAUAAAUAUUUCAGAAAUUGAUAUGCCUAAUGCUGGUAUUAUUGAUGCUAUGCCAAAUUGGUUUUGGGGCUUAAUUUCCACAGCAGAGUACGUGAGUGUCUCCGGCAAUCAGAUCAGUGGCCACGUACCCAAUAUAUUGCAUUUAAACAACCUCAGCUGGUUGGAUUUAAGUUCAAACUACUUCGAGGGUCCCCUUCCAUAUUUUCCUCCUAGAUUGGAAUUAUUAGAUCUGUCAAACAAUUCUUUUUCAGGAACAAUUUCACUUGACAUCAUCAUGAAUAUGCCCUACCUCUUAUAUUUAUCGCUUUCAAAAAAUAAUUUAAGUGGUGAAAUUCCCUUCUCUAUAUGCCAACUACGGGCCUUGGAGGCUCUUGAUCUUUCAAAAAAUAUGUUGUCAGGAGAGCUCCCCAAUUGCUGGAAUAAUUCUUCUAGAAUUGACGUUAUGGAUUUUUCAAGCAACAAUAUAUCUGGAGUUAUUCCUGAGUCAAUAUGUUCCGUAUCAACACUUCGGUCGUUGCAUUUGAGCAAUAAUAGUCUAUCUGGAGAGUUGCCUUUGUCCUUGAAAGAUUGCAAGGAAUUACUCCUUCUUGAUGCCGGACACAAUGGUUUGAAAGGUGAAAUUCCAACCUGGAUAGGUGAAAGUUUAACUCAUCUAGAGUUCCUCAAACUGCGAUCAAAUAUGUUGGCCGGAGAUAUUCCUCCAAAUCUUUCAAGAUUAAGUGCUCUUCAAAUGCUCGACCUAGCCAAUAAUGAGCUGUCAGGAAAUAUUCCAAGGAGCUUUGGAAAUUUUACUGCCAUGAAAGUUAUUGGAAGGUUUCCAAGUUUGAUCGCAUAUGCAAUUGAAGAUAGUUAUAAGGAACGGAUGCUAGUAACAACUAAAGGAAACACUCUAUACUAUGAUAAGUUACUUUCGCUUGUGAAUAUCUUUGACCUAUCAGAUAAUAACCUAUCUGGAGGAGUACCUGAAGAACUAACAAAUCUUUCUGGCUUGUUCAGCUUAAAUUUAUCUGGAAACCAUUUCACAGGAGAAAUCACUGAAAAUAUCAGUAAAUUACAACAGUUGGAGUCUCUUGACUUGUCGAGGAACAACUUUUCUGGCACAAUUCCUUCUAACCUCGUUGCCCUGACUUCUUUGGCUUUCUUGAACCUCUCAUACAACAACUUGUCAGGGGAAAUUCCACACGGUAAUCAACUUUUAACCUUCAAUGAUCCAUCUAUCUAUACUGGCAAUCCUGGUCUUUGUGGACUUCCUCUGAAUCAAAGUUGCAAUGUUAGUGAGACAGCACGAGGUCAAAGUAAUGCGGAUGAUAGAGAUGAGAAUGAGAUGAUAUGGUUCUACAUGAGCAUAGCACUAGGAUUUGUUGCUGGUUUCUGGGCAAUUUGGGGUCCAUUGCUAUUUAACAAGAAUUGGAAUAUUUACUAUUUUAGAUUUAUAGACAACAUGCUUGACAAAGUUUAUGUGUUCACCAUACUAAACCUGUCUAGGAUCAAAAGACGUUGUUGUUCCCAGCAAAAAUAAUAAAUUUGAGCAUUAAUAUGA